AUGGAUCAUUUAAACAAUAGCAGUAGCUGUUGUAAUAAAAUAAUAAAUGAAUCAAUUGAAAAAGAAACAAGGAAACAAUAUUAUAUAAAAACAGUUGAAGAGUUUAAUGAAACUGAAAUUCAAGAAGAAUUAUCAAACCAUAAAAAAUUUAUGGAAGCUGCUAUUGAAGAGGGUUAUAAAGCAUUAAAAGAGGGAGAAGUACCAGUGGCAUGUGUUAUUGUAUAUAAAGGAGAAAUUAUCGCAAGGGGUUCAAAUAAAACAAAUAUUAAAAAAAAUGGAACAAGACACGCAGAACUUGAAGCAUUUGAUCAGAUAUUUCUAAAUAAGGAAUUAAAUGAUAGAUUUAAAGACUCACUUUUAGAGGAAUGUGAUUUAUAUGUAACAGUAGAGCCAUGUUUGAUGUGCUCCGUAGCUCUUCAAUUUUGUAAAAUUAAAAGAGUAUUUUUUGGUUGCCAUAAUGAUAAAUUUGGUGGUAAUGGUUCAGUAUAUGAAUUAAAUUUUUCACCAAUUUCAAAUGGUAGACCAUAUAAUUGUAUAACAGGUUUAUUAAAAAAUCAAGCAAUUCUCUUACUUCAAUUAUUUUAUAAUCAAGAAAAUAAAAAAGCACCAAUACCAAAUAAAAGAAAGAGAUUAGAUCCAGAGGAAUUAAAAAAAGAAAUGUUAAAAAUUACUGAAAAUUCAUCAUCAAGUCAAUUAAUUUUAAAUAUAACUCAAGAUUUAAAUAGUGUUAAAGAAAAAGUUUUAAAAGAUCUAAACAAUAAAUAA